AGUUAUCACCUUAAAACCAUAUUGGUAUCAACCAUUGACUUUGUGGUUACCCUCUCCCUAUCUUAGUCUUCUUGGUCUGCUUCUAAGCCAUAUUAAUGCCUUGGUCCUUUACGUAUCUGGGGUGUUAAAAUGUAUCUGGAAGUAAACCAGUGUGUUAACAAACUGACUGUCUUGUCUCAUACAGUGACUGACCCUCCAUCUCUUUGUGUCUCAGGCUGUACAAACUGAGGAACAAACAGAGGAUCUCAGUGUCUGCAGCCUCUAAGCUGCUGUGUAACAUGAUGCUGAGCUACAGGGGCAUGGGCCUCUCCAUGGGCAGCAUGAUCGUUGGCUGGGACAAUAAGGGCCCUGGUUUGUACUAUGUGGAUGACAACGCCACACGUCUCUCUGGUCGCAUGUUCUCUACUGGUUGUGGUAGCAGCUAUGCGUACGGAGUAAUUGACAGCGGCUCCCGUGAGGACAUGACGGUAGAGGAGGCGUACGAGCUGGGCCGCCGCGGUAUCACCCACGCCACACACAGAGACGCCUACUCCGGAGGAGUGGUCAACCGUGAGUGAC